UGACACAGACAGUACGUCUGCAGCUGUGACGUGCGGCUGCUGAUUUUGUUCGUUGGAGGAUGUCUGACAGCGCAGAAUCUCCCACAGAAAAUCAAAAAGAUGAACCUUCUAUACAGCACAAUGUCACUGAGCAUGCGGGAUCACCGGAUGAGAAGAAAAAGAUUGACAUACUGUUAAAGGCGGUCGGUGACACGCCCAUCAUGAAGACCAAGAAAUGGGCUGUGGAGAGAGGGAGAACAGUACAGUCCCUUGCUCAGUUCAUCUCACGCUUCCUCAAGCUGGAGCCUAGUGAACAACUGUUCAUUUACGUCAAUCAGUCAUUUGCUCCGUCACCAGACCAAGAAGUUGGUGUGCUUUUUGAGUGUUUUGGAAGUGAUGGGAAACUAGUUCUCCAUUACUGCAAGUCCCAGGCCUGGGGAUGAUCUUAUUUCUCUUUAUCUCAAAUCUCCCACUGUCUUUCUUAUGUGAACACCUAACAAACCCAUUUACACAUCAUCAUUGUUUUAUAACUUAUUGAUUUUCCUGUGUUAUUUUUGUAAAUAAUAAAGUGUAAAUAAUAUUGUUAAACAUUGUGUCAUCUCAUGGGGAUUUUAAAGCUUGGGGAAAUAUAUGGAAUUCAUAUCGACAGAUUUUCAAGAUUAUGAUAAAAUAAUCUACAGAGGGAGGGACAUUCUGUGAUUUUCAGUAGUAUACAGUAGAUUACUUUUAGCCUGGGGAUGGGUGAAUAGGUCACGUGAUAUGGGGUUGGGAAUGUACGAGGGUGUGAAGAACAGGUGGAAUGCAGUGAUGUAAAAGAAAACUGGAUAGCAAGAUGAAGACGGGGCUAACAGAUGGACUGAACAGGGAUUAUGAGUGCUGGGGUUAGAGUGUGGCACAAAUUGCCAGGAAAGGCAGGAAAAGGAGGAGAUUGGUGCAGGAUUGUACCAAAAAAGGGGAAAACCUAAAAUAAGAGCGUAAGGAUAAGGAGGAACGCUGCCUGCUACCAAAGAGGCAAGGACAUGUAAAGAUACAAAAAAAGGAAAGGAAAUGAAUAAUUCAAAUAGGAAGAAACUGACAAUGAGCAUGAUGUAGGAAGACCGAGCUGCUCAGGUAAAAUUAAACUUUUAAUGCUUAAAUUAAUUUUGUUGAAUUUCUUUAAAAAAUGGGUUUGUUGCAAAGAUGCUGAUGCAGACAUCAAUUUAUUAAUGUACAAUAAUUAAUGUAAUUUGCCUUUGACAUCAUGGUGCAUUUUUUUGGUGAGGCACAUAGUACUGUUAUUUUCUUAGCAAGAAAUGAGCGUUGAGUAUUUUGAGUGCCUAAAAUGAUCUAUAAAUAAAAUAGCACAGGUUGCACGGUUAAAAAUUAUAGUAUAGGAGUAUAUUUUGAAGAUAGACAUAGUACAGUACAUAGCCAAUAGGUCAUUUUUACAUUUUCUUCAUUGCGGAAAUCCUUAAAAGAGUGAAAAAACAACACAGGGACACCUACAAAACCCAAACAGAUUAAAACAGAUUAUUAUAGGAUUACAAGUAAAAUUAGAUUUAUUGCAGGAGCUCAACUAAUAGUUUCAUCACGUAACUUCAAAUGUAAUCCUUUGAAUUUCCUCUCUCUCCUUUUCUCAUUUUUAAUCCCAUUCAUUGGUACGCAUGGGUGGAUGAUUCAUCAGUCAAUAAAAUGGAAUAAUUCUAUAUAAUUUAUACAUAAUUUUUUUAAAUGAUA